AGAACCAAAACCCCAAUGAUACACAUCUUAAAAUUUUGUCCUAUGUGGUCCUAAUGGAUCCCUUUAAAGCGCACGAGCAAGCACCAAACCCAAGCCGAAAGGUCUUUUAAUAUUUUCCACGAUUGAGGGGAAACAGAGUCCUGAGCUCCGGGGGGCGACGAUGGGGAUAGUGGAAGAAGCUCACAACGUGAAGGUCUUGGGGUCCGGCGAGCGAGUCAUAGUCCUGGGUCACGGGUUCGGUACCGACCAGUCGGUUUGGAAGCAACUGGUUCCUCACCUUGUGGACGAGCACCGUGUGAUUCUCUACGACAACAUGGGCGCCGGCACCACCAACCCUAACUACUUCGAUUUUAAUAGGUAUUCCACCUUAGAAGGAUUCUCCUAUGAUUUGCUCGCAAUCCUGGAGGAGCUCCAGGUUGAGUCCUGUGUCUACGUCGGCCACUCUGUUUCCGCCAUGGUUGGUGCCAUCGCUUCGAUUAACCGCCCUGAUCUCUUCUCCAAACUCAUCAUGCUCUCCGGCUCUCCCAGAUAUUUGAACGAUGCCGAUUACAAUGGGGGAUUUGAGCAAGAAGACCUGGACCAGCUAUUCGAAGCAAUGCGGACAAAUUACAAGGCGUGGGUUUCCGGGUUCGCGCCGCUGUGUGUUGGCGGCGACAUGGACUCGGUGGCGUUGCAGGAAUUGAGCCGGACACUCUUCAACAUGAGACCCGACAUAGCCCUGAGCGUGACGCACACCAUAUUUCAUAGUGACAUGAGGCAGAUCCUGAGAUUGGUCACUGCUCCCACCCACAUAAUACAGAGUAGGAAGGAUUUGGCUGUCCCUGUUGUGGUAUCCGAGUACCUGCACCAGCAUCUCGGCGGGGAUUCCAUCGUCGAAGUCUUGCCGACGGACGGGCAUCUGCCCCAUUUGAGCUCGCCGGAUAUCCUGAUCCCUGUGAUUCUUAGGCACAUUCGUAAUGAUAUUGCUGUAUAAUAAUCUCUGUUAAGCUUAAUUAAAGGGAUUGAAAUUAAGUUAAUAGUCUGCAAUCUCUGGUUUUUUUUUUUGUUUUCCCCGGCGGGAUUGUUAGGUCGGCCGGAGGCUUGUCAUCAGAAAUUGAAUUCGGCCGUUGGAGUGUUAGGCUUAGUUGGACAAUAGUGUCUGCUGUUGCCAUAUGUGUUGUAGUUGUACCUGUUAGAAAUGUCAUGUUAUAUUAUAAUGAAAAGUAUUUCAAUAU